GUACCCGAAGCCGGGAGCUGCACGCGGGGCAGACCAGAAGCAAACCACGUUGCUUACUUGGGAGAGCUCAAGAUAUACCGACGUGGCCUCCCGGCAGGUUCCGAGCUGGAGAGCGUGCGAGCCAAGUGGCGGGCAGGCGAUAGAACAAAGUUGCGGCUGCUGCCCGCGCGAGAGACAGAGGCCAAGACUGACGAAUAUCCGCGACAUUUGGCGAUGGCGGUCUCGCCGUGAUCCGUGCUCUCGAAUUGAUCAGGUCGGUGCAUUUUAUACUCGAGACACUGUCGAGUCGAAUCCUCGAGGUGGAAAUUUACUGCUGGCUUCGCCGUGCGAUCUUUGGCUGGGGAAGUCUUGCUCGGGUCGGAGAUUUCGGAGAAUCUGCUGGGACUGUGUGUGGGGACGAAUCGUGGUGUUCCGCUUCUGGACCUCGUCUUCCGGGGGGCGAUUCUGCUGUGCUGUGAUGCGGAGGAGUGGGGGAUUUUUUUCUGCGAGUUGGUGUUUGCGUAUUUUUUUGGAGUAGGUUGGCGGAGCUGCUGCUGUGCGGGUGCUUGUGGUUUGAUUCGAUUGACAAGGUUAGAUUUUUGGCUUCUUGCGGGGAGUUCCGCUUCGACAGUGAGAAGGCCGAGCGGGAGGAAUUUGUGCAGGCGUUGCUGGUGUUUGACGCAAUGUGGGAGCUUGCGUUGAAUCUGUGCAAUUGAAGAGGUGUAGAAGGAGGAGGCGGUGCUGAAGGCUGUAGAUACUCGCGGGUGGAUCCCGGUUCGAGACGGGGCGACCGAUGAUAGGUUCGCUGGAGGUUGUGCCUUUCGCAAGACCUUGCCGGAGCUUUAGACGAUAUUCGAGCUGUCCUCUUCUGCAACAGAAAUCCAGACGGCUUGUUUGCGUUCGUGCCGCAGCUGAUAAUCCUGCUGUGCCGUUUCCAAGAAUCAAUGCCACAGAGCUGCAGGGUCAGGCUCGCGCUCAAGAUGCUCAAAAGUUUGGGAGUGGACCUUUUGAAAAUCCGAGAGGGUCUUUUAUAAAUGACAAGGAAAGCCCAAAGACCAGCGCGAAGGGCAAGCGUAACCAGAAUCAUGAUAGUUCUUUGUCCCCCGACGAUCCUCUUCCUCUUCCUAUGACGUUUCCUGGUUCAAAACCUGCUCCCAAAGAGCAGAUUGAGGCUUUGAAAUUAUGUGAUGUCGAGAAAGAGGAUUGCAAGGAGGUUGUGUAUCAGUGGACUGGAGAAUGCAAAGCAUGUCGAGGAACAGGGUCGGUAAGCUUUUACCGCAAAAGACAUGAGGUCAUUAGCACUUGUAUCAGCUGCUUAGGAAUAGGAUAUGUCAACAAAAUAACAGCGAGGCCUGAUAUCGAGGAUAUGGAUGGGAGGAAAGAGAAUGAAAGAAGAUCCAAAUACAGUCAAUAGUCACGUUUAACCUGUCUGAGCGACUCGCUCAAAAGUCCAAUUCCGAACACUUGAACGUAGCUUCUGGACGUGAAGUUCAACAAACUUAGCAGUUUUGCAGUCCCGACAAGUUCAAUCUCAAGGAAGAAAGAGUGCACAUUUUUACAAAACUAUUCAUUUGAUUCAAAUAAAGAUAGAAAAGUCCAAUCACAGGGAUAAAUUUCCUUAAUUGGCACUAAGAGCAGUCAAAAUUUAACCGUAGCGACAUCACCUUUAUCUUCUAGGGUGAAGCUGUGUCUGUCAUGAAGAUUUAUGAUGCGUAAAGGUGCAGAGAAUUGUACUUAAAGUAACUUUGAUAUGCUCUUUUGUUGGUCCCUUAAAUAACCCUAAGCAUAUUACACUGUACGCGCGAAAGGGCAUUUGAGCUUUACUUCAAAGCUUGUCUUGCUCAAAUUAGAGUGGUUGAACACCUAAACAGCUAUUGUGUGAAGUGAGAUAAAAAACAGUUCUCACAUUUCUUUCUGCAACACAUCAUCAAU